AUGUCCCUGCUGAAUGGCGAGUCGGGAUCGUUUGAAGCGAAACCCUAUUUGUCCUUUGACCCGGCUUAUCCCAGCACCGUGUCCUGGGUGCGCCAUGUGGUGGCAGGUGCCAGCAUGGCCUUCCUUUCUAAGCUGCAGAGUAGCCCCGGUGUGGGUGUCCGCGUCUUCCACAGGCUCGUUGUGGGCAAAUCUGUCUUUGGCCGCUGGCUGCGGAGGGGCCUGGGGGCCAGGAGGGGUGAGCUGGUGAAGAAACGCUUCAGUUCCGACUGUUCAGAACGGCCAGGGCCUGGGUCUGGGGGCGACCUGCUGACUCUGGCCCCCGGGAUUGACUUCCCGCCUCCCACGGUGCCCCGGGAUUCGGAGCCGCCUGACCCCAACGACCCUUCCGGCCAACUGGAUGGACACGGCAGCCCUGUUCCAACGCCGAAAGGUUACUUUCUGAACUUCCUGGAGCCGGUGAACAACAUCACCAUCGUCCAGGGCCAGACGGCCACUCUGCACUGCAAGGUGGCCGGCCACCCGCCCCCCAGCCUGCGGUGGCUGAAGAACGACGCCCCGGUGGUUCAGGAGCCGCGGCGCGUCAUCAUCCGCAAGACGGAGUACGGCUCUCGGCUCCGCAUCCAGGACCUGGACACGACAGACACCGGCUACUACCAGUGCGUGGCCACCAAUGGGAUGAAGACCAUCACUGCCACCGGCGUCCUGUUCGUGCGGCUCGGUCCCACACACAGCCCAAACCAUAAUUUUCAAGACGACGACCACGAGGACGGCUUCUGCCAGCCGUACCGGGGCAUCGCCUGCGCGCGCUUCAUCGGGAACCGGACCAUCUAUGUGGACUCGCUGCAGAUGCAGGGGGAGAUCGAGAACCGGAUCACAGAUGAUCGGCAACUCACGCACCUGUCGGACCAGUGCUCCCAGUUUGCCAUCCCGUCCUUCUGCCACUUCGUGUUCCCGCUGUGUGACGCGCGGUCACGGGCGCCCAAGCCGCGCGAGCUGUGCCGCGACGAGUGCGAGGUGCUGGAGAGCGACCUGUGCCGCCAGGAGUACACCAUCGCGCGCUCCAACCCGCUCAUCCUCAUGCGGCUGCAGCUGCCCAAGUGCGAGGCGCUGCCCAUGCCCGACAGCCCCGCCGCCGCCGACUGCAUGCGCAUCGGCAUCCCAGCGGAGCGGCUGGGCCGCUACCAUCAGUGCUACAACGGCUCGGGCACCGACUACCGAGGGACGGCGAGCACCACCAAGUCAGGGCACCAGUGCCAGCCGUGGGCUCUGCAGCACCCCCACAGCCACCACCUGAGCAGUGCAGACUUCCCGGAGCUCGGCGGGGGGCACGCCUACUGCCGGAACCCCGGAGGGCAGAUGGAAGGGCCCUGGUGCUUCACGAAGAACAAGAACGUGCCCAUGGAGCUGUGCGACGUGCCCCCGUGCAGCCCCCAGGACGGCAGCAGGAUGGGCAUCCUGUACAUCCUGGUGCCCAGCAUCGCCAUCCCCCUGGUGGUCGCCUGCCUCUUCUUCCUGGUCUGCAUGUGCCGCAACAAGCAGAAGGCGUCGGCCGCCGCGCCCCCGCGCCGGCAGCUGAUGGCGUCGCCCAGCCAGGACGUGGAGCUGCCCCUCAUGGGCCCGCACAAGCAGGCCAAGCUCAAGGAGAUUAGCUUGUCCUCCGUGAGGUUCAUGGAGGAGCUCGGGGAGGACCGCUUCGGGAAGGCCUACCGAGGCCGCCUGCUGGGCCCCGCGCCCGGGGAGCCCGCCCAGGCCGUGGCCAUCAAAACGCUGAAGGACAAGGCGGAGGGGCCGCUGCGGGAGGAGUUCCGGCACGAGGCCUUGCUGCGUGCGCGCCUGCAGCACCCCAACCUCGUCUGCCUGCUGGGCGUGGUGACCCAGGGCCAGCCGCUCAGCAUGGUCUUCAGCUACUGCCCGCAGGGCGACCUCCACGAGUUCCUGGUCAUGCGCUCGCCGCACUCCGACGUGGGCAGCACGGACGACGACCGCACGGUGAAGUCGGCCCUGGAGCCGCCCGACUUCGUGCACGUGGUGGCGCAGAUCGCGGCCGGCAUGGAGUACCUGUCCAGCCACCACGUGGUGCACAAGGACCUGGCCACCCGCAACGUGCUCGUGGACGACAAGCUGAGCGUGAAGAUCUCGGACCUGGGGCUGUUCCGCGAGGUGUACUCGGCCGACUACUACCAGCUGCUGGGCAGCGCGCUGCUGCCCGUGCGCUGGAUGUCGCCCGAGGCCAUCCUGUACGGCAAGUUCUCGGUGGACUCGGACAUCUGGGCCUACGGUGUGGUCCUGUGGGAGGUGUUCAGCUACGGCCUGCAGCCCUACUGCGGGCACUCCAACCAGGACGUGGUGGAGCUGGUGCGCGGCCGGCAGCUGCUGCCCUGCCCCGACGACUGCCCCGCCUGGGUCUACGCCCUGAUGGUUGAGUGCUGGAGCGAGUUCCCCGGCCGGCGGCCACGCUUCAAGGACAUCCACAGCCGACUCCGCGCCUGGGGCGGCCUGUCCGCCUACACCAGCUCCGCGCAGACCUCGGGUGCCAGCAACGCCACGCAGACCAGCUCGCUGAGCACUAGCCCCGUCAGCGUCAGCAACGCCCGCUACGGGGUCCCCAAGCCCAAGGCUCCGCCCUUCCCGCAGCCGCAAUUCAUCCCCGUGAAGGGCCCGAUCCGGCCCCUGGGGCCCCCUCCGCAGCUCUACAUCCCAGUCAAUGGCUACCAGCCCGUGCCGGCCUACGGGGCCUACCUGCCCAACUUCUACCCCGUCCAGAUCCCCCUGCAGAUGGCCCCGCAGCAGGUGCCUGCCCAAAUGGUGCCCAAGCCCGGCUCGCACCACAGCGGCAGCGGCUCCACCAGCACCGGGUAUGUGACCACCGCGCCUUCCAACACGUCGGUGGCCGAGCGCGCGGCGCUGCUGGCAGAGGGCACGGAGGACGCGCGGGACGGCCCGGAGGACGGCGCCCAGAGCCCCGUGCCCGAGGCGGCGGAGGAGGAGGACGGCUCCGUCCCGGAGACCGAGCUGCUGGGGGACAGUGACCCUCUGCAGGUGGAGGAGGCCGAGGCCCAGCUGGAAGCCUGAGGGUCAGGACUGCGGGGCUCGCUCCUGGGAAACUUCAGCCCCUCGAGAAGUGAGCCCCCAGCGCCCCGCCCGGGCCCGGUUGGCGCCCCGCCAGGUGAAGUCACUCCGCCGCGUGCUCCGCCCAGAGCUGCGCUGUGGCCAUCCUUGGGCUUUGAGCCUGUGGCGCCGGGUGAACGGUGAUGCCAGGUCGUCGGCAUUUUCCCGAGGAGGAGUCGUGGGCAUUGCCCGUGCUUUGAAGGGAAUGGGUGGCGUCUGCCCACCUGUUGCAUGUGGAUCCAAUGUUGCAAAACUUCGGGACAGGCCUGGCCAGGCAGCCGGCUGGGGGCGGAUGCAGGAGCUGCUGGCCGCUGCCCGCCAGUUUUAGCCCCUUCAGCCCCCAGAGUGGCGGGAACAGGGCGCUGCCCCCCGCCAGGCCUGGUGAGCAAGGCUUCUGGAACCGCAGUCCCAUUUUAAAACACAACGUGCCUUAAAAAACCACGCGAUGUUGUAUUUUGUGAAGUGGUUUUAGUUGCCUUGUGUGUGUGUGUGCCCGCUGCCCUGGCUUUCAGGGGAAGUGGUGCUGGGUCCGGGGGAAGCCAUGUUGUGAGAGCACAGUGCUGUUUGUGUCCUCGGAACCCUGUACAGACCGUCAGGUAAUUUAUGUGGGUUUUGCAGGCUAUUUUCAUUGCAGUAUUUUGACCUUAAAAUGAGUUAGUAAUAUAACUGUUUACCCACCUGGGAUGCCACCUGAUUGUAUUUGGCUGCUGUCUGUAGCGAUGUGAGAGGUCCGUUCAUUUCAGAGCUCCUGUGAGAAGGCCUGCAGGCACCGCGGACUGGCACAGCUGGUGUAGCCAGGCCAGCAGGCACCGCGGACUGGCACAGCUGGUGUAGCCAGGCCUGCAGGCACCGCCGCCUGGCACAGCGCCGCCUGUGACUCCACACCGGUGUAGCCAGUGAAGGACAGCCACGCUUCCGGCUCUGCAGGCUGUGAGGAUGUCAGGCAGCUGGUAGUGCUGGGAGGGGGAUGCCCACUGGUAGCCACAUGGGCUGAGCCCUUUGCACCCUCGGGGGGCUAGCCUGCAACCUCGAAUUCAUGUGAAUGUGGAUGUAUGUUGGUAAAUAAAUGAUGGAAACAA